UAAAUUUUUUGAGGGGCAGAGAUUGUCAGAUAGUGAGUGAGGCAGAGUAUUGGAGACAGAAAUUUAACCUUGAUUUUGCUGAAGCAGUGGGAAUUUGAAAUAUUCAGGCGCUGGAAGUCAUAUGAUUGAGAGGUACAGGUGAUGAUGAGUGCUGUGGAAUAAUGGCAAAUCAAUUCUAUGGCAGUGGUGUUUGUAUUUUUAGGCAAGUAGAAUGAGAAAUAGGGGGAAAUGAUUGUGUCACAAUCCUCAAUACCCAUUUCUCUUGCCAGCAGUAGGUCACCUUGACUUCUACAAAAGUUUGUGUGCUUCCCCCCUCUGGCUCACAUUGGGAUUUUUUCUCUCAAGUCUACACACAGAGGCGCACAGACAGACACUAAUCACAACGGUGCCAUUCUGUUGUAGUUUGUGGACAGUUAAAUAGUGUUGUGUGUGUACUGCAGUUGCAGAGACGGUACGGCUGCAGGAAUGAACCUGUUAUCAUGUUUUGCUUAGCCACUCAUUCGAAUGAGAGCUAACAAAUAUGCGUCAUUGCCUUUACACAAAGACUAGAAGAGACAGGUUUAUGAGAAUUUUUCUCCCUGUCCCCCAUUUAUUUAGAUGUGUUUUUGAUCUCAGCUUAUCGGAGAUACUGUAUAUCUGUGUUGGGUAUAUGUCAGUUGGUAAGUAACAAGAAUGCGCGAUGUUGGGACGCAUGUGAUGUUAUAGAUUAAUGUCUACAUUACACAGUUUGUCCACCAGAGAGCACUGGCAACUUUAUUUUGGACCAUCUCUGAACUGUAUUUUACCCCACUCAGUACUUAAUUUUGUCACUAUUCUUUCAAACAAUAAUUUAAGGGAUCCUUGUAAAAACGUUUUCUGUAACAGAUUGAGGUUAUGCAAACCGAUAUCAGCCAGUAUAUUAUCAUAUAUGCAUAGAGUACUUCAAUCACUGACUGUACUUUUACAGUCUAAAAUGCCUAGCUUGAACUUGUCAGUCCUAAACUUGUAUGAUGUCAUCAUGGUCACUGUCUAUGUGUAUAUAUAUAUAUAUAUAUAUAUAUAUAUAUAUAUAUAUAUAUAUAUAUCCUGCACGCAGCACUGUAUUGAUUGUCAAUAUCAAUCAAACCCUGCACACGGUUUAAAAACAUAUAUAAAUAGAAAUGUGUAUAUAGAAAUGUAUAACACACUUACAAUGUGCAUAUUUACACAUCCCUUGUCCCCAAAUUGAUCAACUAUUUAUUUAUUGAAUCCAUUCUUUAACUUGUUUGUUCAGUUUUUUGUUGUUAUUGUUGUCGUCCUUGUUGCUAGCAGUAACUCUACCCAUAUGUAAGUACUGAGAGCAAUGUAAAACCAUGUGUUCACAUACUUGGCAAACAAAGCAGAUUCUGAUUCUAAUAUAUUCUGAUGUGACAUUUAAAAAAAAACACCCUUUCAAAUAUAAUUUCAUAUUUGCGUCUGUGUGGCUUUAGUACUCAAAUUUGAACUUUAUUGAAUGGCUACAUUCAGAUCGUUAAAUGUUAAGAGACAAAUAAAGGGGAAAGGACAGAUGCUGUGUGACAGCCCAUAUUGUGUGCGUGCGUGUGUGCGGGCGGGCGUUAGGGCGGGCGCCAUGCCCCAUAUGGUUAUGUUCAGUCAACCAUAUUUAGAGUUCCCCAGCUCCACAAGGGAAUUGUGAAGCAAUCCCCUGGCACACACACACACACAACCCAUGGCUGGGAUGAACACAGAAGUCAGCAGUUUAAAUAAGCAAAGCACAGUACUUCUGCACAGUGAGGUUAUACGGUGCUGUGAAUUAUACAGUAGUCUGACGUGUCCCUCAAAUGUCCGAUUUUAAAGCUCAAGUGUUGAUGCAUCUAUGAAUCCAUGAACAUUGAUCCUGCCUCUUUGUGACUGGAUGUGUGAGUUGCAUAUGUAUUAUUUAACACCUUUGUAAUAGUUAGGCUAUCCUGUGCAGAUAAAUAUGCAGAGCUCGGCAUUACAGAGUUAUGGCCAAUAUAAAACAACUGAUCUCCAUGAAUGAGUGUUGUGCUUUGGAAAGAAGCUUAUAGCCCAGAUAUGAUUGACCUGCAGAUGUAUAUGUACAUAUUUAUUUGUUUAAAACCAUUGUUUUAGAUUUUAGAAUUGUAUGGUGAGUUCAAUCUUUAUUGCUUUGUCAUGUUGAUGAAAUGCAAUGCCCUUAAUGUCCUUUUUUGUUUGUUUAUAAUGUAGCUAUCACGUCUCCACCUUUUACAGAAAGAACAUUUUAAAAAUAGCUCGUUCUUACUCUUUCUGAAACAGCUGGCACUGACGUACAUAUACACCCCAUUUUACACCCCAAAACCUGCUCAGUCACCCGCCAGUACAAGUCAUGCGUGCUGGAGCGCCCUCUCCAACAGCUGCAGCAAGGCGAGCGUAAACAUUCACAUGCGCAUGAUUUCAACAGGUGCAUUUGCACAUUGUAAUUCACCUGCUGCAGCAGGCUUUAAAAAAUGUCAGCGUGCAGCAUGAGGAGGAGAAACCCAGGGCCCACAUUUCUAUAGCAAUCUUCCUGACUCCGCUGUGUCUCAUUUAUCAUGUUACAGACAACCACCCUGACUCCUCUUUACAACUGCUGUUCUCUCUGUUGUCCUCCCACUGUUUUCCAAAUUCAUGGGACAUAAGUUCUGCUGUAGUUUCAGGCAGUGGCUGAAUGCUUAAAACGGCUCUGCUUCUCAACUACUCCCUCUCCUCCUCCCUCCCCUCCUUCCUCCCUUCCUGCCUCCCUUUGCUGCGGUAGCUGCGGACAUCCUGGUGACAUGCUGCAUCCCUGCUGCUGCCGCCUCUCUGUCAUCACUUGGGUUGAGACAAAACCAGGGAAACUAACGCUGCUGCGUUGCGUUUCACACAUGGAAUCAUUUAAGGCCUCGGCAGCCGCAUCUUGAAUUCAUGUUUAGUUAUAUCAAAGCCUCUGUGUACUGAAGCUUGUUCACUCCGUGUUGCCUUCAAUGACUAGCUCAAUACUGACAAUGCUCAGAUGUGGCUGCUUUUCUCCUCAUCACAAGACAUUUUUGUCAAGAGUUAAAAAAAUAUGGUGAUAAAAUACUAGGUUAGGUAUCAGGAUGUAUUAUGAUAGGAAUGAUUACCACAUCUGAAAUUGGGGUCAUUGUAAUACUAUAUUUUAUUUGGUAAAAAAAAAUUUCUUUUUUCUUAUACUUAAGUCUGCAAACAUGAACUGACAUGAUUUUCUUAUGUAUGUAGUUGGAUUGUUCCUGUUGUUGUUGCUCUUUCUGAUGGUUAAGAGAUAAGAUGAGACUUUAUUAAUGCCACGCUGUGGAAAUUCACUUAUUACAGCAGCAGCAGGAGUCAAAAAGGCUUAAGUGAAAAGGUAGAAAUAUUACAAAAUAUAGCAAAAAUAUGUUGACUAAAAAGACUAUAAAAAAAGCUAUAUACAUUUAACAGUGUGCAAGUAUUGCCUUGUGAAAGAAGACUAAAAUGUGCAGUGGUUUGGAAGCUGCAUACCACUCAACUGUAAUGCCGACAGUCUGAUUCCUGCAUGGCCAGGGGGCCCUUGUUGCAUAAUACCCCUCAUAUAAAGGUAAGAGUAUAUUUUUCUUCACAUUGUAGGCCAGUUUUGUACAAGUUGACUAACAGCACACACUCUAAAUUUUAUUUUUUUUUAUCCCCAAGUAUUAAUUGCAAACCACAAUAGGCUUUUUUUUCAAGGGACGACAUUUUCACUUGCCAUUGCAGGAGAAGCACUGGUUUUACUCAUGACAAUGGCUCUUGUAGUCCAGUGUCCCACUGAGCCGUGCCAGUAGGAGGGAGCCCUGCACCAAGCAUCUCAAAGGAAUUCAUCACUGAUUUAUAACUAAUUGUAACAAAAUGUUUAUUAUGAAAAAAGACCAAUGGUAUUUUGGCCUUUAACAACACCAUGGGGAGCACUUGGGUCACCUUGUUCCCUGACACCUUCCCUACUCCCAUGUGCACUCAACUGUGAUAAAUAUGUUUUGAAAGCAUCUAGGGUGUUGUCGCCAAAAUAUUGUCAAAUCAAAGAUGCAGCCAAACAUGUUUUUAUAUUUUCCCAGUCGUCACUGCCCACUGCUGGACACACAACAGCAGGGCAGAUUGUACUUUACACAGUUAUUGGUCAAAUAGUAACAAUGAUAUUCCUACAAGGCAUGACUGACUUGUUAUUAUAUUCUCCCCCAAUGAGUUGACCAAAAGCAUGAAGUACUCCUCUGAAGCAUGCACUGCAGUGUGUGUGUGUGUAAUGCUGUUGUUUUGUGAGCCCCCCAGUUGCCCUCAAAAAGCCCACUCAGGCAGACUGACAGAAGUCAUCUGCAUGCCUGCAUGAGCAAAGCUGGCAGCAGCAGCAGCAGCAGCCGCCGCAGCAUCAGCACCAGCAUCAGCAUCAGCAUCCUCCUGUAGCUGUGUGAGGCAGCUCGCAGCAGAGGGGCGGGGAGGGGACGCAGGCGGAUCUCACGUUCAGUAAACGACCACCGGACGACCGCGGGAAGCCUCCUCCUCCGGUAGCAUCGGACACACACACACACACACACCACCAGGGAAGAUGGUCGCGGUGCAGACGUCCCCCAGUUCGUGUCCGUCGGCGGAGUGGAUCUGCUGUCUGGAUAAAAGGCCCUCGGAGCGCUCAGGAGAGGAUGUGGACAUUAUCCUGACCAGACUGAGGGAGGUCAAAGGCUUCAAGAGGUUCCCCUCGCCACUUCUACUGCAGAUCUGUGCCUGUGCCUUCUACGAAUGCCUGGAGAAAGGCAUCACGUUGUUCCGACAGGGAGACAUAGGCACCAGCUGGUAUGCUGUUCUCUCUGGUUCCCUCGAUGUCAAAGUGUCAGAAACAGCCAACCACCAGGAUGCAGUCACCAUUUGUACUCUGGGGAUUGGGACGGCAUUCGGGGAGUCGAUCCUGGACAACACACCACGCCACGCUACCAUUGUCAGCAGAGAGACCAGUGAGCUGCUCCGCAUCGAGCAGAGGGAGUUCAAGAGCCUGUGGGAGAAGCAUCGUCAGAGUCUGGCUGGACUGUUGGCACCUCCUUAUGGAGCAAUGGAGAGUGGAUCCAAUAACGACAGACUCACGGACAAAGACAACCUUAACUCUGACUCAGCAAACAAAGCUCACAACAAGAUUCCCUCAGAGAAACUGCAGAGAACAGGGAAGGUUCUCCGCAACGCCAUCCUGUCCAGAGCCCCGCACAUGAUUCGAGACAGGAAGUACCACCUCAAGACGUACAGACAGUGCUGUGUGGGCACAGAGCUGGUUGAUUGGCUGGUGCUGCAGAGUGCAUGUGUGCUCACGCGGUCCCAUGCUGUUGGGAUGUGGCAGGCGCUGCUGGAAGAAGGGGUACUGAACCACGUGGACCAGGAGCUGGGUUUCCAGGACAAGUACCUGUUCUACCGUUUCCUUGAUGAUGAGGAGGAGGACACUCCAUUGCCUAGUGAGGAGGAGAAAAGGGAGAGUGAGGAAGAGCUGCCGGAGACCAUCCUCUUCCUCGCUCAGAUUGGCCCUGAUUCCCUGCUGCGGAUGAUCCUCAGGAAAUCGCCUGGUCAGAGGACAGGAGAUGACCUCGAGAUCAUCUAUGAUGAGCUGCUUCACAUCAAGGCCUUAGCUCACCUCUCCAACACUGUGAAGAGGGAACUGGCAAGCGUCGUGAUUUUCGAGUCACAUGCAAAAGCUGGAACCGUGUUGUUCAACCAAGGAGAGGAGGGCACAUCAUGGUACAUCAUCCAGAAGGGCUCUGUCAAUGUGGUUAUCUAUGGCAAGGGCGUGGUGUGCACGCUCCAUGAGGGCGACGACUUUGGGAAGUUGGCGCUUGUCACAGAUUCACCUCGUGCUGCCUCCAUUGUCCUGAGAGAGGACAACUGCCACUUCCUCCGUGUGGACAAGGAAGAUUUCAACAGGAUACUCAGGGAUGUGGAAGCCAACACAGUGCGUUUGAAAGAACAUGAACAAGCCGUGCUGGUGUUAGAAAAGAGUCCUCGAUCCUCGACCCUGGGAAGCAUCAAGUACACCGUGAUAUCAGGAACGCCAGAGAAGAUUCUAGAGCACUUCCUGGAGAACAUGAGGAUGGACAUACAUCACAAUGACCCAGACCCAGCAGUGGAUGACUUUCUCCUCAUGCAGUGUGUCUUCAUGCCCAACAGCCAGCUCUGCCCUCUACUCAUGGCACACUACCACGCGGCAUCUCCGCCUGGCUCCGAGCAGGAGAGGCUGGAGUAUGCGCUCAACAGCAAGAGGAAGGCCGUCAUUCUAGCCCUGCGCUGGGCCAACACGCACACGUACAUGCUGCAGGAGGAUCCUGCCGCGAUCUCCUUCCUGGAGGAGCUGUACGGGAGUAUAACGAAUGAUUCCCGGAUGCUGAGAGCUCUGAAGGACUUGGUUCCUGACGUGGAGAAAAUCGCCACAUUCCAUUCAGAAGAAUCCAAAUCAUCAAAAAAGAAAUCCCUUAUACGACAAUUCAGCAACGGAGAGGAAAGGCUGCAGAAGAAGCAACCCAUUAGGAAUCAUGAUGACAUCCUAUUGAAGGUCUACUGCAGUGAUCACACGUACACAACCAUCCGGGUUGCUGUGGCAGCAACAGGAAGAGAAGUGAUCGGCGCCGUGGCUGAUAAACUUGGCACCACGGACGAGUUGCUGUUGGUCCACAUCAGCUCCGCUGGUGAGAAACAAAUGUUGAAACCAAACGACGUGUCAGUGUUUUCGACUUCGAGCAUCAACGGGAGAUUAUUUUCCUGUCCCCGAGACCAGCUCAGCAGCCUGACUCCUCUUCCAGACCAGGAGGGCCCCUCUGCAGGCUCCAUGUCAACCUUUGAGCUGAUGAGCUCCAAGGACCUGGCCUACCAGAUGACCAUGUUUGACUGGGAGCUCUUCAGCUGUGUACACGAGCACGAGCUGCUCUACCACACGUUUGGCCGGCAGAGCUUCAGGAGGACCACGGCGAAUCUGGACUUGUUCCUGAGGAGAUUCAACCAGGUUCAACUGUGGGUCGUCACUGAAGUGUGCCUCUGCGGACAGCUCAGCAAGAGAGUCCAGCUCCUCAAGAAGUUCAUCAAGAUCGCUGCACACUGUCGAGAAUUCAAGAACCUGAAUUCGUUCUUUGCCAUUAUCAUGGGGAUGAGCAACCCUGCUGUCAGCCGACUGAGCCAGACGUGGGAGAAACUCCCCUCCAAGUUUAAGAAGUUCUAUGCUGAGUUCGAGAAUAUGAUGGACCCUUCCAGAAACCACCGGUCCUACCGACUCACUGUUACCAAACUGGACUCGCCAAUCAUCCCCUUCAUGCCGCUGCUUCUCAAAGACAUGACGUUCACACACGAGGGCAACAAGACAUUUAUUGACAAUAUGGUCAAUUUUGAGAAAAUGCGUAUUAUUGCAAACACGAUUCGGCAAGUGAGGUAUUGCAGAAGCCAACCUUUCAAUCCCGAGAUAUGCCAACCGAACAAGAACCAGGCAGAGGUGCGGGGUUACGUCAGGAAGCUCGGCGUGAUUGACAACCAGAGGGCGCUGACGAAUCUCUCCUACAGGCUGGAGCCUCGGCGGACAUGAGCUCCACAUCUUCCACCACCGUCGCCUUGUCCGUGUCGUUAGCAUAGAAAAAACAACAACAAAGCAAAAUACUGUACAAGCAUUUCCUGGAUAAAAUAACACCACUGGACAUUAAGUAGCACAUCUCAACAGUCAAUGUCUACAGCACUAUUAUGGACUCUUAUAGACCCGCGACUUUAUAUACUGUGCCAUCAACAACCUCUUCUCCUCUGGACAGACAAACUGUUCAGCUGCUCUCCUGUCGCUGUUGGCUGGCUGAUACCAUAUUAGCUGUCGCCUGUUUUGGACCUGUUAGAUAGAACUGUAAUGUAUAGAACUUGAAUCAAUACCCUGCAUGACUGGACUUCAUAGGCUGUGUGUUCUAUACAGUGGAUUUCUAUCGGAGUGUCCCGUAAUGUCGUGCUGCCCCAGAUAAGCCCUCGUUUACGAUAUAUUACUGUACCUGCCUGUAAAGCGAACCGCUCUCUCCCGACGGCCCAACUCGUAGACAGAAAACACAGACUGUAGGCUCCUCGUCUUCACGGUGAAUAUGACGUCUGAGAGCACUUAUUUACUUCAUAAUCUACAUGAGUGUGGCAAAUUAUUUGAGAAUCUUUUAGAUUUGAACAUCAAUGUCCCCUUAACUAGUCAGACAAUUUCAAAACUACUGAGCAGAGUAUUAGUUGGAUUAAAGCCCUAAUGGUAUUAGAAACAGUUUUAAAACUUGUCAUUAUACUACUGUAUUUUCUUUUUUGCGUUGGAGGACAACUCCUCCUGACGACUAUAAAUCAUUCGAGACGGUGAAGUAGCUCGGUCGGAUCUGUUCAGCUUGUACAACCAAACUGAACUCCUUUGACUUGGAAGCAGUGACUGUGGAUGGACGGAGUCUAAAAAGGCAACUUAUACUCUGAGGGGGAAUCUUUGUCAUGUCCCAGUCUGGUGGUCAGUCCGUGUAUUUUUAUUUUUGUAUGUAUACGUGGGUGUCGAUUUUGAGCGUGUUCAAAAGUGUCAUUAGUUUUCCUUUGAUCUCAGGAGCUCUUGAUGUGAUGGUGUGUUUGUGUGUGUGUGUGUGUGUGUGUGUGUGUGCGCGCGUGUGCGUGCGCAUCGAGAACUGCCAUUGAGGCUGGCUUCCCCCGCAGAGCAGCCUGUAACUGUACUGUUUGUGUAGUCUGCCUUGUAAAUAAAAAUAGCUAAUUUAACAGUG